ACAAACUUUUUAACCAAAGAGCAUUUAAUAAGAUAGAGGCCGUUUAACAUUAACUUUGACAUUGACCUAUUUAAUAUAUAAUGCAAUGAUAUAAAUACAAAUUGCAACUUUAUACUAAAAAAAACUUAAUUUACAAAAUGGAUGUUUAUAAAGAUUUUUUUCUCCGAAUCCGACGAUUAUCUCUUGAAGACCCGUGCAUACUUAUUCAUGAUAGUAUUUGGCCUAAAUUAAAAGAAUUCGUGCAGCUCUUAAUUAAUGUAACCCUGGAAGAUGGAACGUACCACAUAUACGUUGGUAAAAUAAAAAGAAUCCUUUCUAGUUUCCAUAUAUAUUUUAAAGUGACAAUGGACGCAGUGUUGAAAGAAUCAGAUAGAUGUAGCAAGGUUUUAAACAAAGACGAAUUGUUGGAUCUAAUGGAAAAUACAAUGCAUAUACAUGAAACUAACCAGAUUAAUUUCGGGAAAGAUUUUUUGCCGGUAAACUCGCGCGAAGAACGUGAGGCUUACGAGGAAAUAGAAGCAAAGUACCAUGCGUACAUGGAAAAGUUACAUGAAAUAAAAGCUGGAAUAAAUAAAUUCGAUAAACAAUUCAAAGUCGAUGACUUUUGUAAAAAUCAUUUUAAAAUUACGGUGAAUAAAACGAGUCGCUUAUUUAAUUACACACAAUCAUAUCUCGCAGUGAUGUUGGCAGAUCGUCUGGAACAAAUCUGCGUAAGUAUUGAAGAGAUAUUACUGCGCAUGCGCAACAACCUGCAACGAGAAACUGAGGCGGCCAACGAGUACCAGAACAAGUUGCUGCACGAGUUGUACGAUAAGAAUAAAGAACAAUUAGCCAUUAGUAGGCGAUAUAGAAAGUGUUCUGUCGAUGGCGCUGAAGUUGGCCGCAGCAUCGAAAUAUUACGAGAGAAGAUAGAGAACUGCGAAUCGACCACGCAUCUUUCUCGCUUGAAGGAGGAGGUCGACUACUGGACUCUGAAAGUUCGGGAGUUCCACGAGAUCGCAGACGUGAUCAAAAAACUGAAACAUGAGCAGGAAAACUGCGCUAAGCAAGAGGGCAUUUUUAAUAAGAUGGACACCGAACUGCCUGGCUGUAAGCUAGCCGCUUGGAACUUCAUUGGCAGUACCUUCAGAUGUCAGCAGAUCUACCUGAGGGAGAAAUUUAUUAAAGCAUGCCGAAGUUUGUUCACUUAUUUCACUUGCAAAGGUUCUGACAGAAUUUGCUAUAUGGACAACGUGGGACGUUACUACGUGGACGACUACAACCAUCAAGUGUAUCCUGUUGACUAUGCGCUGAAAAUAUAUCAUUUGAACUGCAAUGGAGAAUUUCGAGAAUGCCCAGAAACCGACAUCUACUACUUCGACGAAUCAGGCAGACACAUAUACAAAGACGGAGAGAAAAUAUACCAAUGUGCACCUUGCACAAGCCAUUACAAGCUGGCCGACAACCACCUAUUAACUAAGGUGACGCAGGACUGCGGUCAUUCUGAGAAGAUGAACGAGGCUUGUCGGUUGGAUAUACGCGAUCCCACUGUUGUCGAGCUUCUGCCUACGACCAUUACUAAGGAUAUAAAGAAGAGUCUGAGCUCAGAUGUUGUAAAAUACCUGUGGGACAGUUUCGGUGGGCUACUCCCUGACGCGUUACAUGACGUAGCCAUGGCCAAACCCAACAAUCCCAUACACAUUCUUGCACACAAACUAUUGUGGCAUAAAUACGGAAGAACUACCAACGAAGUUAAAAAGAAAUCGGAGAAAGCACGUGCAUACAGAGAAAAUAUAUUCAAGGAACGCCGAGAGAAAGCAGCAGCGCAGAGUAGGUUGUGGAAAUCAAAACAGGUGAAGCGGCGUAAGCCCGAAGAGUCGGACGACGCUCAGGACUUGGCGGUAUACUCUGCACAAGUGGCACAGCACGACUUCAUCAACUCGCUGAACUAUUACAAUUAAUUCUAUAUUUUAGGAUAAAUUCUAAAACAAUAUUUGACUGCUUUUCUAUAGGAAUAUUUUUG